AAAUCUCGUCAAUGCCAUCAACUUUGUUCCCCCGAUCGUUAAUUAUCUCUUGUUCUUCGAUCGGUUCAGAUUCUUUACUGAUAUUGAAUUUUUUCAUAAUUCACAUUUAAAAAUACAAAUUCAUCGCUUCGGAGAGGCUCGACGGUGCGUCGAAGCCCGGGUGUUUGGAGCCAGAGGUAGGGCUAAUAAGCCAGAGACUCGGUCAAUGUAGCAGCAGAACAGAGAAGCGGGAGCAAUCGCGCUAAAAGUCGAAAGAAAGGGAAAGCUUAUGGUCACGCAGAGCCGGUCGAAGUUUAAGUCAGUCUAGCAUGCGCGCUCAGCGCAACAGUCAUCCAGUUCUUGUACCAAUAUUGUGACUGAAAAAAACGAGGAAGCAUAAAAUCCAUAUGGCGUAGGCCAUAAAAGGCGAAGCAGAGAAGCGGAGAGAAGGAUGACUGCCGGAACGACUGGAACUCUUUCACGAAGCUGGUGAAUCAUGACGAGACAUUUUUCCAUCGCUUCGAGGAUAGUGUCUCGAUAAUAAACGAAAAAGGAGAAGCUGCUUCGAAGAUUAAAGUCACGAAUCAUCGGACGAUUCGUGAAACAACGAGAUGCUCAAUCCGAUACUCGGCUUGUCGCCGAUUUGGUGGUUGAUCGCAUACGCUGGACUGCUACUUAUGCUUUCGCCCCUCGUCCUCGUGAUAGCGAUAUUUCUUCCUAAUUUUCCGAUUAUACUGCUACGAAGAAUGUGCUACAUACCGGUCGAACCGAUAUAGGAAACGCGGCGUCUCGACCUUGACGAAAAGAGAAAAUCACGAUCGCUCGAAAUAGUCUUCCAAUUUGAGAGAAAAACCAUCGACUUUCGACUCAUUUGUCAAUAACUUUUUAUUCGUCGAAUUGGUGUGAAUCGAAUUUCAAAAUCCUAAACUUCGCGUUAGAAAAUUCAACCGAGCGGGUCUCGAAACGUGCGUUUUUUUUUGUUACUUUUCCUCUCAACUCGCUCGUGGUAUAACACUAUGUGCCAAUGGAGAAACUGAUUGAGGUCAAGGCCAGUCUUCUGUGUGUAGGAUUACGUAUGUACAUAUACCGAUAGAGAUACACAAAUAAUAUGUAUAAAAACAUAAUUGUAUGUAGAAAAAAUAACGUUUUGGGAUAAAUUGGGGACCCGAGCUCGGCACGAUGAAUCUUAAAUGAUUUAUUUACGAGUGAAUCGAGGAGAGAAAAGUAUUCGUAUAAAAGUUGAGAUCGGUCGUUAGACUUGGAGUUUUUCAAAUUAUUUUCUCCACUUCACAUUCGAAUUGGCUGAAAGGAAAAUAAUUCUCGAAAUGGCGAGCUAAGAAUCGAUAUUUUAUUUGGAUUUAAUUUAUCACGAUUUCCAUUCGCGAAUCCCGAAUGCUGUAAUCAUUUUUUGAACGAAUUUUUCGUUUUUUUUUUUUUUUUUUUUUUUUUUUUCAAACGAGAAGAAAACGUUUCUUAAUAAUGUUUGAGGGCGUAAUAUAUUUGACAUUUUGGAUGGAAAAGUUUUGUCUGCCAUGCAAGACGAUUUUGAUUUUUGAAUGGCCAAGCGCAUUUAUGUGAUUUGUCAUUUUUCGAUGAUUUUUAUAUGACUCUUUAUAAAACUGAAUGAAAAUUUUAUCCAACAAGUGCAAUUUUAUUCGUUUCUAUUCAGUUGUGAGUAUUGAAUUGGAUCUCGAGCGGCAAUUGGACGAAUGAUCGUUCGUGAAAAAAGUGAUGCGAGAUGGAAAACAAAAAUCACACGAUAUUACGAUUUGUCGAACGGAGAGCGCUCACCGGAGUACUUUCGCCGGGGUCUCAUGGGGCUCGGUUCAUACACACGCAUACAGUGGGAGUGGGACUUGAACCCUGGGACCCAUGGCCACGUAUAUACUCGAGAGUCGACUCGAGUCUCUUUCUACUCGUUCUCGGUUACUCACCGAUUCCUCCGCUUCGAUCUCGUACACGCAACAGUCGCAUUUAGUAUUUAUCCCGUUUUAUCGAUCCAGCAUUCCCAAAAAACCACCGUAAGAUGUGGUUUCAACCGCUCCUGCUGGCGGUUCUCCUGACGAAGGCUGUUCUAUCGCACUCCGAUCCUGGAUUACUGCGAGUGCCGAAGGUCUACAACGCGGUGAUAACGAGCAACCAGAAUCUGGCGCCGUCACGCGCAUAUCCGGUGAUUCAGCCGGUGGUUCACAGAACGGCGAUCGGUUACGUUCCGCCAUUUUAUUACACUCAGAUAGCUCCGGGUUUCGCGGGUCCAGGAGUCGUCCAAUUGGAUCCGGAGCCCCGCCCGAGACCGGACGACGCCGAGAGCGUGGAAACUCCCGGCAACGCGGAGACCAAAUCCGCUCCUCGAAAAAGUUCACGCCCGUCGUUGAGCAGGAGCGAAAACGAGGAGUUUUCCGGCGAGGAUUUCGGAGAAAGUUCCGAAAAAGGAUCCACUCCGUCGUCGGACAAGAAAACCGACAAGAAAAACAACGACGAUCGCGUGCCCUUGAAUUUCUACCCGAAUUAUCGCUCCGUCUAUUACGGCCCAUAUUUCAACCCGUACAAUGCCUUCCCACCGAAUCUCGCGACCCCCGGAACUUAUUACGUCAAUUAUCCCCCACAACCCCCUCUGCUCGGACCGCUCCCACCGCCGCUCCCCCUUCAACCGGGACCCGGAAUCGUCCCGAUUCUUCCCGAGCGUCCCAACGCUUCGCCGGACGACGACAACGAUCGGGAAUCCCCGAAACGCAACACCCGGAAACAGAAAACACGCUCAUCCGAGAGAAGAGAAAAAAUACCCGACGCACCGUCAGCGUCACCUCCGAUUUCGAGCGGAAAACAAGAUUCGUGAUUUUCUGAUAUCCUCUUCUUCGAUCACUGGCCUCAUAAAUUUUCACUCUUUUCUGCCGCGUCAAAGCAUUUUUGGAAUUCGGAAUUUCCCAUUUUCCAACAAACUCUUUUUGGACGAAGAUGAAAUUUUUACAAAAAGUUGAGAAUCUGAAGAAAUAACGGUGCUUGAAUUUCUGUGAAUUUUUCAAGAAAAUCUUUGUUAAAACUAGGGAAAAAAGGCUCAUAAAAACACGAGUGAAACUGUAAAAUUUUCCAUUUCCAUAUAUCUCGAACAAGGAGCGAUCAAUUUCAUUUCUUAUCAAUUUAAUCAGCUUAAAUUUUUCUCAUUUUUUUGCGUAUAAGUCUUCUGAAUGAGUUAUUAAAAUUGAAAAAAAAACGUUGACAAAAAGUUUCAACGAUAAAAUCAGCACGAGAUGAAUGCCAACGUCCGAAGACCUAAGAAUCACAGAAAAAUUGUCACGUGACAAAAUUGCGUUGGCCAGUGACUUCAACCGCGUGCUCCGGAUGCCUAAGAAAGUAAUUAUUUUGUAUGACAAUCGUUUACUAUCGUGAGUAUAAUUUAGAAUAGAUAAAUUGUUUAUAAACAUUUUUGAGUCUGUA